AUGGCACCAGAUAAAGUCGAAUGUCCCAUAUGUUCCCUUCUGGUCGCAGAGACUGAUAUCAACCUUCACUUGGAUCUACAAUGUCGAGGAGCAUCGUCAGCGGCUGGACCAAGUACGACUCCGAAAUUCAGAACAAAAGGAUCACAGAGCUCUCCUGAACGGGAAGUCAUUGAUCUACUAGAGAAUACACCGACCUCGAAACCCUCUAAUUCAAGGAGGUCCUCGAACAAAUCGAUGCCUGUCGCAUCCAUAUUCAAUUCGACAGCCAAGCGCAAAUCUUCUUCGCAGGAUAAGCCCAUACCGAUGGACAUAGAUAAGAAGGGUACAGGUGUAUCAUCCGAAGAGGGAAAAGGGGAGAAGAAACAGAGGUUAAAUCCUUUGAUAGCGAAUCAACCUCUGGCAGAACGCUCUCGACCUACAAGCUUAUCAUCAUAUAUUGGUCAAACGGACCUCAUCGGGCCUGGGUCAUUACUUAGAUCAAGGAUCGAAGCUGGAGAAGGAGUUGGAAGUUGUAUCUUAUGGGGACCACCAGGAUGCGGUAAAACGACGUUAGCUAGAUUGAUAGCUAAAACUGCUGAUGCCGAUUUCAAGGAAUUGUCAGCAACCAGUUCAGGUACAUCGGACGUUAGACAGGUGUUCGAACAGGCGAAAAAUUCCCUCAAGUUGACCGGAAGACGGACGAUAUUAAUGAUUGACGAGAUACAUCGAUUCAACAAACCUCAACAAGACCUGUUCUUACCCUACGUCGAGAACGGCUGGGUCCAAUUGAUAGGUGCGACUACCGAGAAUCCCUCUUUUAAAGUCAAUGGUGCUUUACUCAGUCGAUGUCAAGUAUUCACAUUAUCUCCACAUUCACCUGAAUCACUCCAAGAGAUACUUACCAACGCCCUUUCCUCCCUUCCUCCACCGAUACCCCAUCUCCCGCCAGAUCUGAUACCGUUCUUGGCGGAUGUGGCUGAUGGAGAUGCGAGACAAGCUCUGAAUGGGUUGGAAUUAGCUUUGAAAGAGCAGAAUCAGGAUGAAAAGGAGAAGCAGAAGAAGAGAGACGAAGAAUUGAUGGAUGCUGUUCGAAGAGGAUUAAGAAAAGGAUAUGAUCGAUCGGGAGAAGAGAGAUACGAUAUGAUAUCUGCUUUGCAUAAGUGUUUGAGGGGGUCGGAUGGUAGUGCUGCGAUGUAUUGGUUAGCCAGAAUGAUUACGGGCGGUGAAGAUCCACUGUACAUUGCUAGACGGUUAGUGGUAGUUGCCAGCGAGGAUGUAGGCUUGGCUGAUUCCCAAGCGUUACCGCUUGCCAUGGCAACAUAUCAGGCUUGUCAGGUUAUAGGCCUACCAGAGUGCCGGAUCAACCUGGCUCAUUGCGUAGCGUAUCUUGCGGAAGCUCCUAAAUCCACCAGAUCCUAUACAGCUUACAAGCGAGCUGAAGCAUUAUGCCAUCAACCGCCUUUACCUGGUGUACCUUUACAAAUCCGUAAUGCCCCUACGACACUGAUGAAGAAAUUGGGUUAUGGUAAGAAAUACUCUUAUGAUCCGGAUUACAAACAUCCAGUAUACAAUGAAUACCUACCACAUACACUUGCAAAUCAUUCUUCCCAUUCUCCAUACCCUGAUGAACAUAUACUGAAAUCGGCCGAAGCCGAGUUGAAAGAGAAGAGUUGGGAUGAAGAUAGGUUGAGUGAGUGGGAAUGGAGGAUAAAUGGGAAUAAGGAAUGGGAAGGUAGAUCCACUCUGAAGGAAUGA